AUGGCGACGCCUACGCAACAAAAGAAGUUCGCGACCGAUCUGACAGACUACGCGUCGCGACGCCAAACCACUGGCCCGUACGCCGACAAUCUCGACAUCGAUGUUCUCAUUGUCGGUGGUGGAUUUGGCAAGACUACCCUUCAAGUAAUCACACAUCUAGUUCAUACUAACGUAACAAUAGGCGGUGUCUUCAUGCUCAAGACUCUUCGUGAGAUGGGUCUGCGGGCCGUCGUUUACGAGGCCGGUACUUCUCUUGGGGGCACCUGGAGAUGGAAUCGAUACCCUGGCGCUCGAGUCGACUCGGAGGUUCCGGAGUACGAGUUCUCAUGGCCCGAAGUCUUCAAAGACUGGACAUGGUCAACCAACUACCCCAACUUUCAGGAGCUUCGGGCGUACUUUGACCAUGUCGACAGGGUUCUAAACAUUUCAAAAGACUGCUCCUUCGAGACAGUCGUCGUCGGCGCCCGAUUCCAGCCCGCCGAAGGGAAAUGGCACGUGAAGACUGCCGAUGGUCGCUUGGCCAAGAGCAGGUACUUCGUUGUCGCUGCUGGUUUUGCUUCAAAACGCUAUAUUCCAAAUUGGCCAGGAAUUGAGAAGUUCCGAGGAAUAGUCCACCACUCAUCAUUCUGGCCUGAGGAAGACGUAGACGUACGUGGCAAGAGAUGCGCCGUAAUCGGUACUGGGGCUUCCGGUGUUCAGAUCUCGCAGGAGUGGGGACAAGCCGUUGGAGAACGAGGGGAACUGAAAGUCUUCCAGAGAACCCCGAACCUAGCCGUGCCUAUGGGCAAGCGACCCCUUACACAGCAGGAGCAGAACAUUGGCAAGGUGUGGUACCCACGUCUGUUCCAGCUCCGCGAGAAGUGCUUCGGUGGAUUCUUCUACGGAAUGGUUGAACGAAACACAUUCGAUGAUUCCCCGGAGGAGCGCGAGGCAUUUUAUAGGGCUCUUUGGGACCAUGGAGGAUUCCGGUAUUGGCUCGGUAAUUACAAAGACAUGCUCUUCGACGCGGAUGCAAACAGGGAAGCCUAUGACUUUUGGUCUCGGAACGUUCGCACUCGAAUUGGAGAUGCUAAAAAGAGAGACAUCCUGGCGCCGACGGUCGAUAAGAUGCCCCAUUUCUUUGGCGUUAAGCGGCCUUGCCUGGAGCAGAAUUACUACGAACAAUUCAACAAAGCAAACGUGGAUGUAGUCGACAUCAGCAAGAACGGCAUCUCCAGCUUUACCGAGACUGGCAUCAAGCUGGAAGAUGGCACUCACUACGAGUUUGAUGUGGUUGCAAUUGCAACUGGGUUUGUAAGGAACCUGAUUUUCUUUGUCUCGGCCAACUUUGACAUCACCACUGGAGGUAUGACAAACAUGGGUCUGAAGAGCAUCUACAACACCAACCUCCAAGACGAGUGGAAAGCCGCUGCAAACACCUACCUUGGCACCACCGUUAGCGGCUACCCUAACAUGUUCCAUAUGUAUGGACCACAUGGUCCGACUCUCCUUAGCAACGGACCAUCGACUGUCGAGGUGCAGGGCCGCUGGAUCGCAGACUGCAUCCGCAAGAUGGAGCGGGAGCACAUCAAAUACAUCAACCCUACCGCCGAAGCGACUAAGGCCUGGAAACAAAGGAUCAAUGCCCUCAGUGACGCGUCUUUGUUCCCCACUACGCGAUCGACGUACAUGGGCGGGUCGAUGCCUGGCAAAGCAUUUGAGCAGGUCAAUUUUGCAGGAGGAAUUCCUCAGUAUGCGAAAGAGAUCCGGGAAAAGCUGGAUGGUUGGGCCGGGUUUGACAUUGUGAAAGACAAUCGGGACAGAAGCAGGAUCUGA